CUUUAUCCUCGUGUCUAUGUCUUGUUUCUUUGAUAUAUCGAGCACAACACCCUGAUGUGUCUGAUGGGCAAAGUCAGUUUUGAAUAACUGUUCAACUGAUCUCACUCGGUCUGAAUCACGACCGAUCAGUAUCGUAUUGGCUCCUCCUCGGGCAAAUGUCUCGGCAAUACAUUUACCGAUACCUCGUGUUGCUCCUGUAAUGAGAGCUGUUCUUUGUGCAAACUGCAUUCUAAAAAAAAAUAAAAUAUAAAAAAAGGGAAGCAUAAAGUCACAUCUUCUUUUUCUCUUUUUUUUUUGAAGACGAUUAAACAAUUUAAGGUGAGGUGAACAUUCAAUAAAGAGUUAAAUGUUCCAAACUAGAAAAUAGAGGAGCAGCAUUUUACCUCUCUUUUUUUUUUUUAAUUCCUAUGAUUACUACAACAAUAAAAGAUGCAACAAGACGACGAUUUAUUUGAACAAGAGCGGGUGAGCCGUUCUGCAGAACCCACUGGCUAUAUUGACUGGCAACAGACAACCAAGGUAACGAUGGAAACUCGUAUUCCUGAAAGCAAUAUUGGAUAUAAAAUGAUGCAAAAAAUGGGAUGGAUUGCUGGUAGUGGAUUAGGCUCUCAUAGUCAAGGUCGAGUGGAUCCUAUCCUGAUUGAAGUAAAAGAUGAGACGCUGGGUGUUGGAAAGGCGCAGGAACUAGAAGAGACCCAUGUCUCUAGUACAGCAAAAAGAAGGGCAUUGGAUAGUGAAAAGCAACUUGAAGAAACAGAGAUACAGAGGAUAGAACGAGAAUAUAGAGCAGAGAAAAAACAGGCGAUUAUGAAAGAAUUAGAACAGGUUAAGCGUAUGUUUUACUGUGAAUUGUGUGAUAAGCAAUACAAUAAGAUCUCUGAGUACGAACAACAUUUGCAAAGUUAUGAUCAUCAUCACAAAAAGAGAUUCAAAGAGAUGAAGGAGAGCACCAGAAAUUCAGAAUUAAAUCAAUCAGAGCGAGAGAGGCGCUUGGCUCGCGAAAAGAAGAGAGAAGAAAGAGAGCUGAAGAGAAUGCAAGAGGCUAUUCGAAAGAAAAUUGGUACAACAAGCGCAACAUCGACCACUUCAACCAUGUCUACUGUACAAGCAGAUAAAGGCAGCUGGACAGCUGCACCUUCAUUGACUCAAAGUGGAGGUUGGACAAAUGUUCCUUCAUCGACACCAAACGGAGGAUGGACGAAUGUGUCAAGCAAACCAUCAAGUGAGCGAACGUCUGAUCAGACUAGUGGGGGCUGGGCUACUGUGACCAGUACUAGUGCCAGUACUAGUACUAAUAUCAAUAGUAAUAAUAACAACAAUAACAAUAACAGCUUAAGAAACAGUUCUGAAAUAAAGACUGAAGAGAAGAAGGAAACCUCAGCAGAAGCACCAAAGAAGCUUGCUUUUGGUUUAAAAAAGACUGGUGGAUUUCAGUUUGGAUUAAAAAAGAAAUAAAAUAACCAUGAAAACGGGUCAAUCGCGUGGUUUGUGUAUCUUUUUUUUAACCUUCGCAAAAGAAGAGCGUUCCUCUAGAAGUAAG